AUGAGGUGCCGUGUGCUUCGUGAUAUCAAGGCUCGUCAAGCUGUUGCAGACAAUGAAAUUACUCGCCAAGCAUUCAGAUACAUCACUCGCAAUGAAACCUUACCUGCUCGUGUACGCCAUCAAGCUCAACUUCAAUUGAAUGCCAUGCCCAAACAAUCCUCACCUACGUUUAUUCAUAACCGUUGUGUGGCUACAGGUCAUGGCAGUGGUAUUUUACGUGAAUUCAAAUUAUGUCGUUUUCAAUUCCGUCUAAAGGCAUUGAACGGCGAAUUGCCUGGUGUCAAGAAAUCUUCUUGGUAG